AUGGCGAGAGGUGGUCGAGGCGGCGGUAGUCGCAAUCCAGCGAACCAGCCAAGAGAAGUACAAGUCUCAAGGAAAGUCAGUUGGUUAUUGAGGCAUGGUGCGAGUCAGGAGGGCUUGAAGUUGGGAAAGGGUGGGUACGUUAACGUGCAAGAAGUGCUCAACACCAAGGCUCUCAAGAGCCUAAAAGUCACAUUCCCUGAACUCCGCGACAUAGUCGCCAACAACGAUAAACAGCGCUACUCGAUGGUUCCAGCAUCGUCACUUGACCAAGAGACAUCUGAAAGCGCAGCACCAUCACAAGAGCAAGCCGAACCAGACUCACUGUCAAGUAUACCAGAAUCAGAGGACCCAGCAGACUACCUCAUCCGCGCGAAUCAAGGCCACUCGAUCAAAGUUGACACAGAAGGCCUACUGAUUCCCAUCACUCAAGAAGCAGGCAACAUCCCCGAAACCGUCGUCCACGGCACUGAUGACCGCGCCUGGAGCCUCAUCCUAAAGAGCGGUGGUCUACGACGUAUGGGACGGAACCACAUCCACUUCGCAUCUGGUCUCCCCGCAGGAUUCAAAGUUCUUGACUCUUCCACUGAUCCUACGACUGGAGAAAAGGAGUCGGCACCAGUCAUCUCAGGUAUGCGUAAGAACUCCUCGAUCCUCAUAUACAUCGACAUCAACGCUGCUCUCGCUGCUGGCAUCAAGUUCUUCGUGUCGGAGAACGGUGUUAUACUCACUGAGGGUAAUGAUGAGGGCUUCCUUUCGUAUGAGUUCUUUAAGAGGGUCGAGAGUAGGAAGAAGGAUGGUGGAGUUCUGAUGAGAGAUGGGAAGUUGCCUGAGGGUGUGGUUGUGGAUCUUGAGGAGUGGGAGAAGGAGGUUGGUGAUGUACAAAAGGGGAAGAGGAGUGGCCGCGGCGGUAGGGGUGGUAGAGGUGGAGGAAGGGGUGGAAGUGGAGGGAAAGCGAGAGCAGCGAACGACGCGGGAGAAGCAUCGGCUGAUGCUUGA